AUGAUUAAAAGUUUCGAAGACGCCAAUGCCUUCCUUCCUCCGGUUUUUGAACGAAUGGUCACUGCCAACGGACUGUCCACAAGCAACCCCCUCAAUGCAUCUCGGCUGAAAUUGAACCUCACCACGAACCCAAAAAUCAUUCCGUCAUCUGAUUCAAAAGAUCUUCACGCGCACAAAAUAUGCACGGAUCAUAUGAUUGUUGCUCGUUGGACAACUCAAAAUGCUAGUGUGCUGCACUAUUCCACUUCAUGCUUCAAAGGCAUGAAGGUACACCGCGGAUUUGAUGGCAAGCUCCGCCUCUUCAGACCCGAAUAUAACUGCGCACGUAUGCUAGCCUCCGCCAGACGCAUCUGCCUUCCGGAAUUUGAUCCCAGAGAACUAUUGAAACUUAUCAAGAAACUCUGCGAGGAUGUAGUUCGAUCGUGGCCGGAUGGCACCAGAUCUGCCAAGGUGAGCGAUAACUAUGCCCCUUCAUUGCUAGUCCAGGGUGAAGCCAAAAGGCGUGGUUGUGACCAGGUUCUAUGGUUAUUUGGACCGGAGGGAUACGUUACGGAGGCUGGCUCAGCAAAUUUCUUCGCUAUUUGGCGAACGUUCGAAGGAAAGCUACAGCUUGUUACUGCUCCCUGGAGUGAUCAUCUUAUUCUGGCUGGAGUCACAAGACAGAGUAUCUUGGACUUGACGAGGGAAAGACUCAGCGAAUCGGAGGGUUCUAGCUAUGGAUGCGAGCCCCUUGAGGUCAUUGAAAGAAAUUUCACGGUAUCUGAUCUUGUUGAAGCAUCCAAUGGGGGAGGUUUGGUCGGUGCAUUUGUUGUCGGAACUGCAUGUUUCAUGCAGCCAGUCGUUCAUGUCCAAAAUGGUGAUAUUGAGAUAGCAAUUUCCCAAGAGAAAGUCCUACUCGUAUCGAUGAUACGCAAAUGGAUAAAAGACAUCAUGUUCGGUGGCGAGGAGAACACGUGGGCAGAUGAAGUUAUGGAGGAGUAA